CUCCGACAAGGCGCAGAAGAAGCGUUGAAGGGUGGGCUGAGCAGCACUGGCUCACGCCGCCGUGCAAAUCGCAGCUGUUCCAGUAUGCUUAUGGGCCCUGUGUCCGAUGUGGCGGAUGAAGUGAACUCGCACGGGCGGCGCGACGAUUCCUUCUUCACCUGUUGUGACAUUGUCAGCAUGAGCAAGAGCAUCAGCGGCGGCGCGGACCGCUACAUGCCGAUUUCCUCUAACAUAGCCGAGGGAGAAAGCUUCACCGCCGCAGACGAGUGGCAGCAUCCACGGACAGGUGAGCCAGGGAGCAAGGAAACCAAAUGUUGACCUUGCGCAUGAGAGGCAUUGCUGGCUCUCGUGCGCAUUGCAGGUGCGUCGGCUCAUCGGCCCUCCCCUCACGGGGACGCGCUGCUCCCGAUGAGCGGGACCAUCGACGCUGAAGGCAUCCACCUCACCCGCUCGGCGCACCAGUCGCCCUCCAACCGGCUCAACUUCAUCUCCAUGCCCGUGCCCAACACGGCCCCGCCGUCCGCCCCAUCGUCGAUGAGGUGUCUGCCUUCCAUCCGCAAGUGUCUGCCAUCGGUGAGGAGACGACACCGCAACCGCGAGCGGCUCUUCCAAAGGCAGCUCACCGACGGAGAUGACGGCUUUCUCGGCGUGGAGGAUGACAACGACGAGUACUGCAUCAGCGAGGGAGGCGGCAGUGGCAGCCCCUAUGCGCUGAUGGAUGCCGAUGCGGAUACGUCGCUGCCCGUGGGAUUUCCGCCGAAGUCGCUGAGUGACAGCCCUUCCGGCGCCGAAGAGCACACGCCCACCGCACGCACCGCGGUGAAAAGGGCAGGCUGGUCGCGCGCGUGGAAGGACCGUCUGACCCUCUCGCGCAAGGCCAAAGGCACCGCCUCGACCACGGACCGGUCGCCGAAGCGCCACCCCCGCCACCUGCACCCUCCCCCAUCGCCCCCAGCCGUCCCCUUCCCGCCCCCAUCAUCCACACACGAACACGUCAACCAAGCUGCAGCAGCAGCAGCAAGCGGCAUCUGCAACCACGCGGCUGACGACCAGGACGCCGCCAAGGGGGGCGGGAGUGGGGGCGCGAGCCCCAGCGACAAGAGGGCCGAGAACGACGAUGCUGCCAAGAGGGGAGGGGGAGGGGGAGGCAAGAAAGACAGUGACCCCAACAACAAUAGAGACAACGACCUCCCAGGUGGCGGCGGCGGUGGGCCGGAGGAGGGCGGCGAGGGUGGGGGAGGGGGAGGGGGUGACGACAACAACGGUGAGGAGGAGUCGUCCGCUUCGGAGGAUGACGAGUUUGUGGACUGUGAGGAGGAGGAGGAUGAGAACGAGGAGGAGGAUGACGACCCCGACCCCGACGUGCAGCAGGCCGCCUUCGGGGCCGCUCUGAAUGGCAAGGGCGCCGUGGAUGGCGCCACGGGGGAGGAUUGGCACGGCUACCUGCCGGCGCAUCUGCGGGAGAGGGAUCGCAUCCCGAGGAGAAGGGCGCUGGCGGCACAGAAGGGCGAGUUCAAGCUGUCCCUUUGGAGCCUGCUCAAGGUAGGAAGCAGUGGGUCGUUGCAAGCUCACAUACAGAUGUACAGGCGAUUGUUUGGUGUGUGGUGUGGUGUGUGCAUCAGGACACUGUUGGCAAGGAUUUGUCUCGCAUUAGUAUGCCCGUGACGCUCAACGAGCCGCUCAGCUUCCUGCAGGCACGCACCGCACAGAACAUAACACAAAUAUAUAAACGAAAACCACAUACAUCACAACAACACAUCUGUCUGUCUCUGUCUGUCUGUCUCUGUCGUUGCCGUCAGCGUUUGGCCGAGGACGUGCAGUACCAUUCCCUGCUGACGGCUGCGGCCAAGCAGACGUGCCCGCUGAAGCGGCUCGCACACGUGGCGGUGUUCGCAUGCACCCCGUAUGCCACGUCAGUCAAGCGUCUGCAGAAACCUUUCAACCCCAUUCUAGGUCAAUCAGUCACCCCCACCCCGCCAGCACACACACGGGCAAGGCAGGGAGUCUCCUAUGUUAUGUGUGUGGUGGUGUGUGUGGUGUGGUGUGGUGUGGUGUGCAGGUGAGACGUACGAGGUGAGCCAUCUGGGGUACCGCAUGAUCGCAGAGCAGGUGUCGCACCACCCGCCCGUAUCGGCCUACCACGUCAUCGACGACAACCACAACUUCACUCUUUGGGGGUCAUGCCACGGCAAAAUCAAAUUCACCGGCACGACCGUCGAAGUCAAAGUCGCCGGUAAGCUUAGCUAGUGGGCAAGGGAUGGAUUCGACGAACGAACGAAUGGAUGGAUGGAUGGAUGAGGACGUGUUUGUGUGUGUUUGUGUGUGUGUGUGUGUCAGGUUGGGUGCGUCUGCGGCUGCGGACGUGUGACGGUUGGGAGGAGUACGUCUGGGGGCGGCCCAUCACUGUCGUGCACAACAUCAUCUUCGGUCGGUCGGCUGCUCUCCUCAAGAGAGGAAUGCUCUCACUGCAGCACACAUCAUAUCUAUCUUAUCUAGGCGUGUACCUACCGUGCGUGUGUCUGUCUUGUGUGUUGUGUUGUGUUGUGGUGCGUUGUGUUCGUUGUUUUGUCGCACUUAACUGCAGGUGGGCUGUGGAUGGAGUGGGUUGGCAUGGUGUCGGUGCGUAACUGCACGCGAAGACAGACCGCCAUGCUCGAGUUCAUGCGACGCACAGGCGGCAUGUUCACCAAAGCAUCACCCCUACACCAACUGAGGUAACUAACGGUAGUUGACACCUACCUACUCACACACACCAAUCACCCAACACACACUCUCUCUCUCGUGUGUCACGUCACCCACCAUCACAGAGGCGAGGUCCGCGACGAGACGGGCACCCCCCACUACGUGGUGGGCGGCUGCUGGAGCCAGCACAUCUGGGUGCAGACCGUCAACGCGCGACAGCCGUCCUCGCCAGACAGCGGCGGGUCCAACCGCCCCUAUGACGUCUCGUACGACCCCCCGACCACCGGCCUGCAGCGGCUGGACGGCGUCCACCACCACCACGACCACGAGGCGCAUGCGGGGCCCAGCACGGCGCUGCUGCACUGUGGCAAGAGCGACGACUCCUUCGCCAAUCUCGACGACUCACCGCCCGUGUCGCCAUCAGGCCUCCGCUCCAAACACAAACUCACCGGUCGGUGAGGGGAGGGAGGGGAGAGGGGAGAGCACGCAACGGGCACUCACUGACCCUCUCUCCCUCUGUCCCUCUGUGUGUACGUCCGUGUGUGGAUCAGUGUGUCUGGAGCAGAACUCCCCCUCCCCCGACCCCCGUGACACAUUGGUGGAGUGGCGUCCAGCGGCGGACCCCCCCAACUCGUGUGCGUACUUCAACUUCACGUCUGUGGCGAUGGAGCUCAACGAGGUGAGCCCCGACUACGACCCCAAAGAGGGCGUCCCCGUGCCCAUCACCGACUCACGAUUCAGAACCGACCAGGUGAGUCGGUGUGGGGUGCAGAGAUGGACAGUAAAACCGCCUGUGCGUGGCUGGCUCGCUUAGUGAUUGAUCUCUCCUCCUUACUCUUUUGUGUGUGCUGGCUGGCUGGCUGUUUGUGUGUGUCAGCGGUUGUAUGAGGAGGGUCGUGUAAAUGAGGCCCAGGCGGAGAAGAGGCGGUUGGAGGAAAAGCAGCGGGCGGCCAGGAAGGCACGCAUCGAUGAGUGGCAGCCAAGGUCAGGGAGGGAGGGAGGAAGCAAGCACCCCACUAUCCCAAAACCACCCAAUCGACGGAUGCAUGUGCCGUCCGUGUGUCUGUCACGGUGUCCGUGUAGGUGGUUCGAGCGUCGUUUGGACCCGAUAGUGAGCAAGAAGGAGCCCACCUGGCAGCUGCGGCAGACUCCCUCCUACUGGGACAAGAAGAGGGACUACGCCGACCUGCUCAUGCGCAGCCAGGCCCCCAACACCAACAGACACGCCACGAUGGGGCACGGCCAGGGCGGUGUUUUUCCCGAAGCCCCCGACCUUUUCUAGAUGGAUGGGGGGAGGGGAGAGUAGCUAGGGUAGCUAGCUAGCAGCAGGCACGGUCGUGGGGCACAUUACAUUGUCAUGUGUUCGUGUGUUGUGUGGGGGGUGGGAAGUGGGUAUUGGUUGCCCUGGGCGGGGUGAAUACGAUUGGUGGGGGCAUUUUUGAUAUGAGAGUUGCUUGGUUCUUCAAUCAAUUGAGUGCUCUGAAAGCGGGGGCGGCUUUGAAGCCCGCCCGAAUAGGGAGAGAUGGCGGCCAGGGCAGGAGGGGAGCGGAGGGAGGGAUGGUCAUCAUCGAGAUGAUGACUGUCGCUUGCUGACCGUCUGACCGACCGACCGACCGACUGACGGUCUCGGUUGGUUGGUUGGUUGGUUUGUUUGUUUGUUGCUCGCUCGUGUCGUGUGCUGUUUGCUAGUAUUCUUGCUGUGGGGUCUCUCUCUCUCUCUCUCUCUCUGUGUGUGUGUGUGUGUGUCUUGGUGUGCCUGCAUCUGGCUGUAUGUCUGUGGAGGAAAGAGCCUACUAAGUAUGGACGGCUUGUCCAGACCGGCUGGGUGGCUGGAUGGUUGAUGAAGUGAUGAAAUAACUGAUGGAUUGACCGAAUUGGCCAACAGCGAGCGGACGGCAUUCCAACCGGUGUGGUGUCACGUGACCGCUUAGCUUACCUGCCUGUCAGGCAGGCUUGGUCUCUCUGUAUUGCAGCUAUGUCGGAAUGCCACGGCCUGCCUGUGUGCCUGCCUGUGUGGGUGCAGUGCUGCCCUCAGUGUGUUGAGCAGCCCGGUGUGUGAGGCUGGCGUGUCUGCAGAGUGGUGCGAUCGCAUCGCGUGCAGGCCCAGCCCACCUCACAUGAGAGCUGGACACACACAGGGGUAUGCGUAUGUAGCACACACCGAGAGAUGUUGGUUGGGGAAAUGAGAGAACUUUGUGAGAAGUGACUGACCCAGAUCAGACAGACACCGACCGGAUCAGAGAGAGAGACAGAGACAGAGACGAGACUCACCAGCGACCGAGCCGAUGGAAAUCCGCGUGUGUGUGUACAGUAUUUGUGCGAACGCUUCACAUGUGUUUGUCUGUCCGUGUCCGUGUCCCUGUCUGUGUCUGCCUGGGUGCUGGCUACACGUGUCGAUGGAUGGAUGGAUCGUGCAAUGGAUGGCUUGAAUGAACUCAAUGAAUGCUCGCUCGCUUGACUGA